UGCAGUUGUGCUCUCUUCAGAAAUAAAAUCAUCAAUUAACAAUGUCGAAAUACAGAAUUGUUAUGGUUCGUCAUGGGGAGAGCGAGUGGAACCAACUGAAUUUAUUCUGCGGAUGGUUCGACGCUGGAUUAUCCGAUAAAGGAAAAAGUGAAGCUAAUGCUGCAGGAAAGGCCCUGAAGGAGUCCGGCUACACCUUCGACGAGGCUCACACAUCGGUCCUAACUCGUGCCCAAGUGACCUUGGGGACGAUUCUGAAGGAAAUCGGCCAGGAGAACAUUCCCAUCCACAAAACAUGGCGACUCAACGAACGCCAUUACGGUGGACUCACUGGAAUGAAUAAGGCUGAGACUGCUGCCAAAUAUGGAGAAGAGCAGGUCCAGAUUUGGAGGAGAUCAUUUGAUACACCACCACCACCAAUGGAGCCCGAUCACAAGUACUACAAAACCAUUGUCGAGGACGCCAGGUACAAGGAUGGGCCCAAGAAGGAGGAAUUUCCCAUGUUCGAGUCAUUGAAACUGACUAUCGAGAGGACUCUUCCUUACUGGAAUGACACCAUCAUUCCUGCUUUGAAGGCGGGGAAGAAGAUUAUUAUUGCUGCGCAUGGAAACAGUCUCAGGGGCAUUGUUAAACAUUUAGAUCAAAUGAGUAACGACCAGAUUAUGGGCUUAAAUCUUCCCACUGGCAUUCCCUUCGUCUACGAACUCGACGAGAACUUCAAGCCCGUGGUCUCCAUGAAGUUCCUGGGUGACGAGGAAACUGUAAAAGCAGCAAUAGCUGCUGUAGCUGCCCAGGGAAAAGCCAAGUGAAGAUAAACAAAUGUAAAUUUAACAAAUCCAUACUGAACUCUGUUAGGGCUGUCACUGAUAAUUGUUUAAGGGUAGACGAGGAGAUUCAUCAAUUGCUAGAGGCAAUUCAGAAUUGCAAAUACAUUAUUUAUGAACAAAUCAUCUACUGUUGAGGUAUUUAUGCUGUCGUCAGGAGGAAUUUUAAAAAAGUCGAGAGGUUAAUGAUUUUCUAUGGCAAUUGAGCAUGAAGUUGAAUGGGAUAUUUAUAAUUACCAAAAAACCUUAAUUUCUUGACUUUUUGGAAUUUUCUUCGACCGCGUCGUAAAUACCUUCAAUUCAUUUCCUUCGAGAAACUGUUAACUGUUGGGAAAUAUGAGUCUUGAGGAUUUGACAUCGUCGAGUCAUUACACUGUAACCAAAUCAAUAAAAUCGUUGUAGAAAAUAAUCAAA